AUUACUUCCGUAUUUGAUCGUAUUGCCACAAAAAUCAAUCGAUUGAUCAUUUUUGUUGUUAUUUCGUAGUGAUGAUACAAUCAAGAUUAUUACAGUAUUAUUGAAUUGUGACUAUAAUUUUUAUCACAAUGUCCCAAGGGAAGAUAGUUUUAAUGGCUUGUGGCAGCUUCAGCCCACCAACUUACAUGCAUUUACGAAUGUUCGAAAUCGCCAGAGAUUAUAUUCACACGCUGGGUUUGGGCACGGUGGUCGGCGGCAUAGUGUCUCCUGUGCAUGAUAAAUAUGGCAAGAAGGACUUGGUGCCCGCACACCAUAGGAUAUCCAUGUUAAAACUGGCUCUGCGAUCAUCUGCAUGGAUCAAGGUGUCCGAAUGGGAGACGCAGCAGGAGGGCUGGACGCGCACCAGGGUCUCAUUACAACACCACCAGGACACGAUCAAUCAGCACCUGAGCUCGAGCCGCUGCGACGCCCCCCCGUGGCUGCCCGACGACGUGCUCAACGUCAACAGUCUGGACGAGCCCGACAACCUCAUGACGAAACUCAACGGCAACCAGGAGGAAACCGUCACGGUCAAGUUACUGUGUGGCGCCGACUUGUUAGAAUCUUUCGCUACGCCGGGCUUGUGGUCUGAUGACGAUUUGGAAACGAUAGUCGGCCGGCACGGGCUGGUGGUAGUGAGCAGGGCCGGCAGCCAACCCGACAAGUUUGUGUUCGACUCCGACAUGCUGUAUAAGUAUCGGAGAAACAUAACCCUAGUAACAAACUACAUCGCCAACGAGGUCAGUUCCACAGUUAUCCGGCGGCUGGUGCGGCGCCGCGAGAGCGCCAAGUACCUCACCGACGACGCCGUGCUCGCCUACAUCCGCCAGCACCGGCUCUACGGCGCCACGCUCAAUGAGUAUAACCUCAACAAUCUCAGAAAAUCUCCACAAGACGUCCCCAUGAUGUCCCCUGAAGAAACCAGCUUCAAAAACAUACUCAUCUCAAUACGAGACAAGCCUACCAUAACCGAUGAAACUAUAACUGUCAAAAGAAAGAAAUCGAACUACCUAAUGCCAACUAUGACAGAUUCCAUCAGUCCUAUAGUUGACAGGCCCAGGCAAGCUUACGUUGAUAAAGUCCCAGUCAACUACGUGCCAGGGAAAGCUGUCAAAAUUGUCAGCGAGGGAGGCGGUUGCCCGCUGUAGCUGACGUGCUGCCCGCGCCGCCGCGAGCGCGAGGCACUCUAGUCACACCCGCAUGCUAAAUAAGGUCUAGAUUCGUAUGAGUUAACUGACCACUAUUCAAUCUUACACUGGGUUAAUCACAGAAAAUAUCGAACAUUCAAAUACCGUUUUCUGUCUUUAUCGCACUCGUAUAAUUCUAUUGCUUUCCCGCCUUCACAGCGGCAUUGACCGUCGGCACAUGGGCGGGACAGGCAUAUAAUCACUCGCGUGCGAUAGAGAUAGCAACAGGUUGGUCAAGGAGGAUAGGGAUUAGAUAUGUACGUAAUGACUAAAACCACAUACGUUAGUGACCAAUUGGUCAGUUUUCUGAAAAUUACCAAUUUUUUAUCACCCUGGGGCGCAUUUUAAAAAGCUACAAUUUACUAGUCUCAAUCGGCAACUAUCGAAACGUCCCUUGUCAUGUCCAGUAACUCCGUUUUAGACCUGUACAUUUUUAAUUUUCCCUGCAAAUUCACCUAACCUUAAGGUUGAGUAAUGGUCAGUUAAGUGCUUUAGAUGGUAUAUCGGUUCCGGGCUCGACUUUUGUGAUCAUAAUUAAUAAAUAGUUGUUAAUUUUAGCAUACACACGGAUAAGGUGAUUGUAAUAGGCCAAUAUUCUACCAAAUUUAACUUACGUAUUAAUAAUUGGAACAAAUGAUCUAAAGCAAGCCUCAAGUCCAGCCCAGGAAUCAUGUUGGAAGUUUCCUCUGGGAAUGCUGUUACGAGUAUGUUGUCUGAUGUCAGUAAACGCGUACGAAGUUCCUUAUUGCCUGUUACUUAAUUGUCUCAAAUCUAUUUAUUUUUCUAUGUAGAAAGUGUAGAAACCUUCCAGUUGAACCUUAAGUUUUAGUUGAUUAAAUGGUACUGUUUGUUUGUUUACUGAAUUAACAUUCAUACUUCAAACUCGUUACGAAAGAAUACUUAUGCAAAUAUUUUUGAUUGAAUGAUAUUUAGUAAAUAUCUGGUUGUUUUUAUCCUUAGUUUAAUUUGAAGUUUUUGUUUGUACUGCGGUGAAGAUAUGUAAAAGCGUUAUCCUCAGUCGCAGUCAAAGAUAUGUAUACACUUUAGCACCUUUAGACAGUGUCUUACGUGAGCGAAUAACUCGCGAACGCGAAUCCAAUCCUUUGAUACCUAUGGAAGUGUCCUACGUGGGCGAUCUCCGAAUGCCGUUGGGCCGCCGCGCCGCGUCGCAUUCGUGAGUCAUCGCUCACGUAAGCCGCUGCGUAACUCCUUUGUAAUAAGGCGUAAAACGUCAACAUGUCUUUGACGUCGCCUGUUUUGAACCUUAUUGUUUAUUCGACUCCAGGGCCGCCAUAAAAUGUAGCUAUAGGCUAAUUUGAAACUAUACAGCUUGGCGAUUUUCGCCUAACUUGGACAUUUACGCUUGCUUAGCCAAAUUAAUUAACCCUUUACCAGGCGAAGGGAUAUAUUCUUCCCACAUCUUAUAUCGGUUACCGCAGUCAGGUUUUAACUCCAAAUCUCCUACAAAAUAUUAUGUCAAUACCUGAAAAUAUAAUUUUAUGAUCUUCAUUCACAGCACGCGUCUAAACCGCGUAAUAUAUCUUUGGCAGCCGUUUAAAUUCACUUGAACUUUAAUUUCAGUAAACUACGAAGAAAUCUGAACACUUUCCUUAAUUUCUAUGAUACAGAAGUACAUAGAUAUUUUUUUGAUAUUCAUGUAGAUUUUGAAAGGUAAUGUAAUCGUAAACAUUGCUAAAUUUUCAUGCAUUAUUUUGUAUGACCAGAAUCAGGAUGUGGGUUGACACUAUCCCUUAGAUAUAUUUGAAUAAUUUGAUAGAUCAAGAGUUCUACGAGCGACGAGUGUACGUUUCCAGUAAUGGAUAAAUAUGAGACAGACUGUGACAGUUCGCAUGCAUUUAGUUAGAACAUUUAUUGUAGUGUUCAGUGUCCUUUUCACUCGUAAUAUACUUACCACAUUCGCAAAAAAACUUUUUUUACUUUACGUAACAAAAAAAAAGUUCAAUUAACAAAAUAUGUUACUUAUCCAUAAAUAUGUAUUAUGUAUAUCAUUUGAUUACAAAUGUGAUAAAUAUUGCAUCUGGUAUUUUAGAAAAUGUGGUAUGUUUUGUAAACGAGUUCAUUACUGUAAUAUGCCUGCGCUGUUGCCUUUGCCUAGGAUUUGUACCUAAUAACCAAGAUUUCCCCAACAGCUGUCUAAUAUAAGAAUCAUAUUAAAUUAAGAGUUUACAAAGAGAAAGACUUCCAAGUCCUAAUAUUUCAUUCAUGCAAGACACCCUACUUAUUUGCAAAAUGCGGAAAAUUUCCAAAAAAAAUUGGAAACUUCUCGAAGUUCUUGGAAAAUAUAACAUGAAAUAAAGGAAUGUUAUAUUCUCCCAAUGAAGAAUGUGAACAUUUCACAUGUUCCGAAACUUUCCUUCAGCAUAUUAGUAUCCGGGACCUAUUUUUUAUAUUAUAACUAUUAUAAGGCACAAAUUUUAAUACAGAUUGUGUGUCCAAUUUAGUAACGUUAACUCAGUUCAAAUUUAACGUUUCUAAUAUAUAUGAUUUGUCUGCUUGUUUCACGGUGCCACAAUGAAAUAGCCUGGAAGCUUCAUGUAUUUUCUUUAUUUAUUAAAUCCAUGUGCAAUAGAAAAUACUUACUAAGCUACUAAUCUCAAAAGUUAUUAACGAGGCUCGGAAACUGGUUAAAUUUCGAAACCGUUAUCAUGUACUUGGCUCAAAACCAUUUAAUUUCGGUUGCGCUCGAAAAAAACGUUAUAUGUAAACCGGUUUUUAAAAGAACAGUUCUUGUCAAAUUAACCGGUUUAUGUUCACGUUCGGUGUCUAUGUUCACGUUUCGUCACUCGUCGAGUAAACCGGUUUUUAGGUUACAAUAAAGUUCUUAAAACGUUCGCGUUCUUCUAAAAAUUCGGAGGAAAACCGAAAUAAAUCGGUUCCAAACCUUGGUUAUUUAUUAGUGUAGCAUUUAUGCAUAUUAAAUAUGUAAUUGUACUUAUUUUACAUGAAUGAUCUGUGAGAAUCUUGUUUUAUGCGAGCAUGUUGAGUAUGGUGGUCGGCGCUUUGUUAUUAAUUAUUAUUAUACAUUUUAUACUGAAAAAAAAAAAAAAAACUUAUUUUUACUUAGUCGUUUUUUUUCUACUGUAGCUAUUUGCUCUUAGAGUCCAACUGCAGAUUUUUAUUAUAGUAUAUAGAACAUUUUUUUUUUUCAUAUUAUAUUUUUUACAAAAACGUUUGUUUUACGUAGAUAGUGGCGCCACCUGGCACGUGUAUUUUCUGAAUGUUGUAUCUAUUGCUAUCAUGUUCGGACUAUGUUCCUGAUAAUUUAUUGUACUCAUUAUGGGUUGUAAUUAAUUUCAACUUAGUUUAAUUAAUUUUUUUGUUAGCGUCCAAAAACAUCCACCUUGUUACUUUUGUGCAAAGAGAAUUUGAAAUAGAGGUGGAUUGUCAAAGAAAACUUUUAGAACGCCAUUUGACUUUGAUCCUUAUUCUUUCACUGAUAUGUGUUAAAUAUCAAAAAGUGGCGCCAUCUAAUAGAUCAAAGGCCAAAGAUAUAGCGGCAUCGUAUCGAGCGAUGGCGCAACAACCUUUAGCCGAUGCCCGGUAAGAUGGCGCCACUUUUAGAUAUUUAACACAUUAUUAAUCAUUGUUCGGAAUAUAAGGAGCACACGGGAAGCAGACGAGGGACUAACCGAGAUUACGAAUGAGCAACACCAAGUUAUGAUAUGAGUCUGUAUUAAUCGUAGUAAAUUAAUACACAACUAUAUCUAGUUUUAUAUGAUCGAAAACAUUACAUUAAAAGAGGUUUGUAAAAGUUAUAAAGGCUGAGUAAAACAUAAAAUAAUUAAAAUAAAUGGGACGACACAAUCUUACAACCGCAUUGGGCUGAGGGCAGCGACAAAGAGGAAACCACAGAUACAAAAUCUUUUUACCCCUAAUGUACGGCAUAGAUUACACAAUCUUUAACAAUCAUGUUCCGAAACUCGAAAGAUGGCAGUAAAUUUACUGUGGCAAAACAUUUUUCUAUGAAAAUCCACCUCUAUUUCAAAUUCUCUUUGCUUUUGUGUAAAUACUUGUCGGAUCUGGGAGUGGUCCCAAUGGUUGUACACUGACAACUAUAGGCGUUCACACUAAAGUAGGAUCAUGCUAUUAGCAUGGACAGACUGCAGUGAAUAGUGUGGGAGUACCACUAUAUUUAAAAUUUCUAAUGGCCGUUAUUCAUAAACGUUUGUCAACUCUUAAGGCCACGUGCGUCCAGUCCGCGGCCUAAUAAGCCGUUGAUAAUCGUUUGUCCCUAUCCGUCAUUUUGACAUUUGUGUUUGUUAGAAAGCGAUGAAAUUCAACAUAGGUUUGUUAAAUUUAUGAAAGCCCUUUUAGCAUAUGAAAAUACGUUUAUAAUGGCAGUCCACACUUAGUAAUGCCAGUCUGUGCCGAGGUUAGGAUGGUAUUCCACCUGUUCAAUUUCUUGGUCUAAUGUGUAUUUGCAUCUCACGUUUUGCUUAAUGAGAGAGUGCGAGGCAAUGCACAUUGGACAGGUGGAAUACCAUCCUUAGAUGCACUCUACUUGACACUAUCGACCACGAUGGACGUAUUUGACGUCUUAAAAGGUUUCAGUUGUUUCAAUGCUUAUUAUUAUGUUCAUGUUUUUGGAAUUAAUGAAUUCUAUUUGCCAUCAUUUUGGAGUUCUUUAUGAAAAUAUUACAAGGAUAUUGUUACAAUAAGCUUAGAAAUGCUUCAAUAAAGUGUUUUAUUUAUUUAAAA